AACAGUCACAUGCAUAUUCAUUUUGCCAUGUGAAUAAUUAUUGACCUUAUAUGGUAGUGGGUGUACCUGCUUCUAAAAUGGCUACUGGUCCUGAGCCACUAGACAUGCUAGAGCAGCUUAAAGAUCAGGUCCAUUGUGUUGUGUGUCUUGAUGUCUUUACAGAGCCAAAGACAUUGCCUUGUCUCCACUCUUUCUGCACUUCAUGUCUUGAGCGUAUGCCCCAGGAAAAGAAAGGCUAUGUUUAUGCUCUCAAUUGUCCAGUCUGUCGAACACCAGCUAGUGUCCCUACUGAGGGGGUACGAGGCUAUCCUAUUGCCUUUCAUAUCAAUAAUCUCAUUGAUGUGUAUCAGAAGCUAUCAAAAGUGAAGCAAAGGCAAACUCUUUGUGAGAACUGCAGUGAAAGGAAUGCCACAGGACACUGUAAUGAGUGUAACCAGUUCCUUUGCACUGCCUGUAUAGACAUGCACAAGAAAUGGGCAAUGUUCUCCCAUCAUGUCAUCAAGUCAGUAGAAGAGAUGGCAACGUCGUCGGUGGGGUCUAUGAUAACGGCUAAAAAGAGCGAGAAAUUUGAGGCUGAGUCUUGCAAGAAGCACGGUAAGCCACUCGAGAUUUAUUGUGAGAAAUGCGAGGAAGUUAUAUGCUCCAACUGCACUGUGAAGAUCCAUAAGGAUCACGAGUACGACCUCAUCAGUGAUACAUACCCUAAGCAUCAGGCAAUCAUUGAGGCAAGCCUCAAACCAGUUGAUAAAGAGAUAAGGAGGGCCACCAAUGUCUUUGCUGAACUAGAGAAAAGGAAGAAAAAAGUAAAGGAGAAAGGGGAAUCAGUGAAGAGAGAGAUACGAGGCAUGGUUGAACAUAUUAUUGGGAUAUUGCAAGAGUCGGAGGCCUCACUGACAGAAAGAGUGGACAAGAUAACUCAAGGAGAAGAGGAAGAACUCAUAGAGAAAAGCAAGUCGGUUGACAUGGCUUUGGGCCACAUGAAGAGUUGUCACGAUUUCGUUACCCAGUUGCUCAGUAUUGGGAAUCCUCAACAAGUCCUUGUGUCAAAGAAACAAAUGAUGGACAGGAUGUCGUCUGUACUAGAAAUGGUCGACCUCCAGUCCUUCCAAGUAAAGGAAGAGUUUGAUAUUCAGUUUAAUGCAGACUCUAAUAUUGAGACUACUGCUGGUUUUCUAGGAGAUGUGACAGUGGUCUUACCUCAAGCCUCUACGCCUGAUUACGGUAGAGGUCAGUUUACCUGCGGCAGUAUUGAGAUGAAAGAGAGUAACGUUACCAUACCCCUGGUCAUCAAGGGAGCUUUCUCUCAUCUUGAUGAUGUAUCAAUAUCAUGUAGCCUAGUCCCAGAGGGAGAGAAGAAGAAUAAAGGAAUAAAAACUACAAUCAAAGGAGAGUCUGGUAAUUAUAGCCUCUCCUGUGUCCCUAAUAGCAAUGGGAGGCACAACCUAACUGUCUUUGCUAAUGAGACUAAGAUUGGCACAAAGUCCAUUGUGAUACCUUUCAAUCCUUACCUUAAAGUCAUCAGCCCGGUCUCUUUCCUGCAAAAGUUAGACUCUCCUUAUGGUGUGAGUAUAAGUCCUUCUGGCACGAUUGCUGUUGUGGAAUGUAGCAGCAACUCAGUCUCUAUACUUAACACUAAAGGACAGAAGAUAUGCUCAAUAGGCGGAAGAGAGACCGACAGAGGGGGACAGACCAAGUUCAAUUACCCACGAGGUGUAGCCAUCACUCACGACAAUCACGUACUGGUUUCUGAUAACCACAGGCUUCAAAAGGUCACCCUUGAGGGAAAGGUCGUGGAAACGAUUGGUCACCCAGGCUCUGGUGAUUUGGAGUUUAAUACUCCUUGUGGCGUCAAGAUAAACGAGGAGAAUGGGAAGGUCUACAUUGUCGAGAGCAGCAACCACAGGGUACAGGUACUCAAUCAGGAUUUGACCUUCUCGCACAAGUUUGGCACUCAGGGAACUGGGCCUGGACAGUUCACACGCCCACGGGAUAUAGCAUUUGACAAAGCCGGUAAUAUUUAUAUCACCGACGCAGGUAACCACAGGAUUCAAAAGUUCUCUGCAAGUGGAAAGUUUGUGUGUCAUAUUGGCAGUCCAGGGAAUGGGCAAGGGCAGUUGGGUCGUCCCCAUGGGAUUGCCGUUGACGCGUACAACAUGGUACAUGUAGCUGAAGUGGCUAAUCAUCGUGUGUCCUCGUUUACUUCUGAUGGAGAGUUUAUCCGUUGCUUUGGAGACGAAGGGAGCGGAAGGGAUCAGUUUAAAGGUGCCGGAGGAAUGACCAUGGGAACCGACGGGAGACUUUACAUUUGUGACUUUUACAAUAAAAGAGUUGCAGUUUAUUAAAUGAAUUCUCUCCCCUCUCUCUCUUUAUAGUUAUGAUAUUAAAAUAGACUUGCUUAAUUUUGAUUUUUUUUCUGUAGUGUAAUAUUUUGAUUAUUUACCUUUUGUGAUGGGAUUUUUUAAUUUUUGUACUUUAUUGAGUUAAUUAAAAUUAGUUUCUUGAAUGUGCGGCUAUAAUUUUA